GCUGUGACCUGUUCUCAUAGAAGUCACGGGGCUGACGUGAAAGGCCGGCGUCACUUAAUGAAUGGUUUAAUGAGCCUGCUUUGAAUGUUUACGUCACCGCUUAUGUCCUGGUUGUGCACCACACGAGGGAUUUACACUCUGAGGGUUCAAGCUAUUGCACCAUACAAUAAUCUAAUCCAAUUCACACCGUCACACCUCAUGACCUCAGAAACCCUCAGACACCAUCACUGUAUAUACCAUAAUCAAAAUGUACUUUAAUCUUUUACUGUUAAACUCCGUGUGAAUCACUAUAUGUUUAACAUUCACUGGUGCCAGUGAUGGAGCUGCGGGACUGAGACACAUUAAGGUUUGAGACUCCUCUAAUCCCUCCUGCUGCAACCUCUUGUAGUGAGGCUUAAGACCGUUUUUGAUCUGUGUGUUGAGUAACUAGCGGCUCCAUCUGCAGGUCCACUCUUAACGCUUGUAGUCAGCUGUAGGAUUAGUCAGUCCGCUCACUGCACCGCCUGCUGACUGUUUAGGGACUGGAGCCGACCUCUGAGGCACAGUGGAGAAGGAACAUGAAUGAAAACACUCAGGACAAAGAGUUGCUAAGGCACAUUGAGAGGGAGGUGCGGAUGCGGGAGGGUGCCAGUAAGCUGCUGGCCGCCUGUUCCCAAAGAGAGCAGGCCCUGGAGGCCUCGAAGAGCCUGCUCGCCUGCAACGCUCGCAUCCUGGCCCUGCUCAGCCAACUGCAGGAGAUGAGGAAAGCUCAAAUCCUACGGGGAGCAGGACGCAGGUCAUCUGAAGACACAGUGCCGUGUACCGGAAAAGUAGCCCUGUCAGACCUUCGGGUCCCGCUCAUGUGGAAAGACUCAGAGUACUUCAAAAACAAAGGAGAGCUGCAUCGCUGUGCCGUGUUCUGCCUGCUUCAGUGUGGCACAGAGAUCUAUGACACCGGCCUGGUGAUGGUGGACAGGACUUUAACUGACAUCUGUUUCGAAGACACGAUCGUAUUCACUGAGGUGGAUCCAGGCUUCCAUAUUCGCGUUGAGCUCUACAGCAGUUGUGUGGUGGAGGACUUCUCCCCCGGGGCUCUAGGACCCAGGAGAGUGACCCGUCUGGGGGGCUCUCUGGGAUGCUCCUCUGGGAAGAAGAUCCGUGCUGCGUUUGAGUCUGCAGCUGUUUGUGGGUCUGCUUCCAGUGGAGGAGACGUACGCCAGGGGUACUCGUCCCCGCCUUUAUCCACUCAUCUGUCUAAACUGGGCCCAAAGUACAACCUGCUGGCUCACACAACACUGAGAAUCGAACAUGUGCAGGAGGGUUUCAAGACCCAUGAUUUGUCCUUAGCAGCAGCGGACGACAGUCCAUACUGGUUACCUCUCUAUGGAAAUAUGUGCUGCCGCUUGGUUGCUCAGCCUCUGUGCAUGAUUCAACCAGUCAUAAGUGGUCAACUCGAUGUUAAGCUUGGGGAGGACCUCGAUUGCUGGGAAAACCUCUAUGGCGUCCUCGGGGGACAAAGUCUCCUCUGCUAUCAGAGUGAUGAAGAGCUGGAGUCCGAGGAGAAGCCACUACUCGUGAUCCCCAUCAGAAAGGAUACGCUUGUCUGUGCGUUGGAGAGAGAUGCUGUUCAUACCCAGAGAAUAUACAUGACUACACAGUGUCAAGGAGAGGAUGUAUCCUACACACUGACCAUGCACAUACCUGAAGACACGCAGCGCUGGAACGAGGCCCUGUGGCAACACAUCUACAACAUAAGCCAGUGGAGGCAGUGUUGUCAUCACCUCAUGAAGAUUGAAAUGCCGAUCCCCAGGAAAUCCAUCGCAGUGAGGCAGGGAUCGCUAUACCAUGAAAUAGUGACACCCUCGUCUCCCAGAGAGGGUCUCGUGGCUCCGGAUUUAUCUUUAGAGAUCCGCACUUUGCUCUCUUCCUACUACAAGGAAAGUUAUUGAUGACCCUACCACAGUUGCACUGGAGGAGUGAGAACCCGUUCUAUGCGGUUACCAUGCCGGGUCAAGGAAACGAGCAUGGACAUGAUAAAUGGUGCCAUCUCUGAAUCUGCAGGGGACGCAUCCGAACUUACUGUGACAUCAGAUAUGUUUCAUUCCUCUUCCUCUCAUCCAUGAAUCUUAACUGUUUAUGAAUGACAAGCGUGAGUCAGAAAUCGGAACACAAAACUGAUUGUAUGUACAUAGAAAAAUCCAGAAAAAUCUAACUGUACCACUCUCUGCUUAUAUAGACAAUAUACUAAUAAUGAUUAUAUAUAUUGAUGCAAUAAGAUUUCACCCACACCACAUCCUCAUGGUUUAAGAGUAUGAUUAAAAAAAUGAACCCACUGUCACUCUCAAAUUGAUUGAGAUAGAUAAAUCAUUUAUUUAUUGAAUACAUAUUUAUUUAAUGCUAAACAACUUUUGAAUCCAAGCAUGUAGUGUUUUCUCAUGGUGUCACAGUCAUUUUUCAACAUUAUGAUGUAGUAACACAUGUACAGUAAAUUCUUAGUCAACAUAAAUCCAUCUAUUACCUUAUUUGACAGCCAGUCGUUAAUAAUUACAUGCUGAAAAGAACAGAAGCAGUUUGGCCUGCCCCCUCAGACUGUCCACCAGUGGAUUCAUGUCGACAUGAUGAUGGACGGUGACCAUCCAUUGACUGUAUAAAAAGAUGGUGGAGCCGGUAGCCACCCCUCUGGAUGCCAUUCUACCUUGAUACAGUGCAUGUCGCUUCCUGGUGUUCAGCUGUCACAAUCUGCCUCCUCCCAGCCGAGGUGUUUUGGUCAUACACGGAAGGAAAAGAAUUGUUUAUUGCUAACACACAAAUUAAUUAUGAUUUUUCAAAUUAAAGUUCUCAGUUGUGUUGAUAUAACUUGUUAACGUUAAGUUAAGGUGAUCUCCAAACAAAUGAACGAUUUUGUUUUUUAAUGUAAAAUAAAUUAAGGUAUUUGAAACAUUUCAAAAUACACUGUAGUCAUUUUUAUUGUGUCAUUAUUUAAGUUUACUGACACAUACAGUUUGUGUUAUUUUUUUAACAUUUAUUAAGGUCUUGCUGUUUCUAAUGAUGUAAGAGAUUUCCACAUGGUUUCCUUUGCCAUGGAAUACAACAUGUGAGUUGAAGCCUAAACUACAAUGCAAUAAAGAGCAAGAAUUAACGUCACAAAGAAAAAGGGUUAACUACGUUCGUGAUUAAUUGGCUUAGUUACUAUGUUUCCGUCGUAAAGUCCUAUUCAUGUGGCAUGUAUUUAUAAUUAAAGGUGGUCGCAUGACGUAGUUUGUGAGAAAUCUGUACACAACAAUAACUCAGUACUGUUACAGAUGGGGAGUGCCCUAUUUCACGUUCAUGUCACACCCUACAAAUUCCACAUAUCCUGCUUUGAAUCUGAGGGCGUGCUGAUUAUAGUAAUUGACAUAAUAGAUAAUAGAUGUCUGCGUAUUUUAAGCUUCGAGCAUGCAAGUAAGAAACACAAAAAUUGAUUACUGGAACACAACUGGUGUGUCUUUGUUCUACCUGAUGGUUUACACACACAGUAACACAGUGCCCAUGACAUGUUGUUUAAGACAAGGAGCAGCAACUGUGAGAUUUGAAUAUAGAAGUUCAAACGCAAACUGUCUCCAUGAUUAUUUAUAAACUGCGUAAACAUGAAAUGUGCCCCUCCUUAAGGAAACAAAAUAAAGAUGAUUAAUUGCACACGUCAA